UCAAGACCCAGUGGCCCGCUCGCUCUCCUGCCCGAGGAGGACCAUGCCUGGGCCCCACAGCUACCGGGGUUCCCCCUGAACCCCCCCAUCUUCCAGGUCCAUCCCUCCCAACAGGACACCCCAGCGAAACCCCAGCGAACCACCACCCCCACCGGGGAAACUUCCCUCCUCCUCGAUGGAGGGAUGAGCCAAGAGGUUGGUUCCUCCUUCCUUGGAUUACUUGGAGCUUCAUCCCGCGCUGGAAGGGAAAAGCUGGAGCCUGGGAAUGGUCAGCUGUUUGGGGAGCAGACGGAAGGAGUUCGGCUCUGACACCUGACGGCUCCCGAGCUGGGUCCUGCCGCGGCCGCGUGGAAGAGCCCGGGGGUCUCCGGGCGCAGUGGGGAGGGGAGAGGAGAUCUAUUUAUUUCAUAUAUUUAUUUAUUUAUAUGCAUCCUGCCACCUUCCUCCCCCUCUUCAUCGUGAAAGCUGCCGCCCGCCCAAGGAAUCCUCCGGGGAAAAAGGAGAAUUUUGGAAUUCCCUCGCAGGGACCGUGUGUGAUGAGGAGGAAGAGGAGGAGAACAACCAGGGGCUUGCUGUGAGCUGGAAACCUUCCUUCUAAGAGUAGAAUAUUUGAGCUUCGGCCUCGUGCCCGGGUCCGUCUGUUCCUCCUGCCGUCCCACCCCCCCCAAGUUCUUCCAGGAUGAUGCUCAACUCGGACCAGACGGAGAUCGACCUGCCCCCGACGCACUCCGAAUCCGAAUCCGUCUUCAGCGACUGCGGCGGCGGCCGAGGGGGCACCGGGGAGGACACCGGUGGCCUCGGUUUGUGCCCCCAAUCCCGGGUGGCCGAAGCGGGUGAAGCUGUGAAGAAAGAUCUGCAGCACCUGAGCCGGGAGGAACGGCGGCGCCGGCGCCGGGCCACGGCCAAAUACCGGACAGCCCACGCCACGCGGGAGAGGAUCCGCGUGGAGGCCUUCAACAUGGCCUUCGCCGAGCUGAGGAAGCUGCUGCCCACCCUGCCCCCGGACAAGAAGCUCUCCAAGAUCGAGAUCUUGCGCCUGGCCAUCUGCUACAUCUCCUACCUGAACCACGUGCUGGACGUCUGAGCUGCCUAGCUGAUGUCCAUAUGUCCAUCUCUCAGCCGUCAUCUCCUACCCAAACCAUGUGUUGGAUGUCUGAGCUUCCUGGCCGGCAUCUGACUCUCCGUCUGUCCAUCUCUUGGAUGUCAUCUCCUACCUGAACCAUGUUCUGGACAUCUGAGGCGCCCAGCCAGCGUCUGUCUGUCCAUUUCGCAGUCGUCAUCUCCUACCCAAACCAUGUGUUGGAUGUCUGAGCUUCCUGGCCAGCAUCUGACUGUCCGUCUGUCCGUCUCUCGGCCGUCAUCUCCUACCUGAACCAUGUUCUGGACGUCCGAGCCACCCAGCCAGCAUCUGUCUGUCCAUCUCUCAGCUGUCAUCUCCUACCCAAACCAUGUGUUGGAUGUCUGAGCUUCCUGGCCAGCAUCUGACUCUCCGUCUGUCCAUCUCUCGGCCAUCAUCUCCUACCUGAACCACGUUCUGGACGUCUGAGCCGCCCGGCCAAGCGUCCGUCUGUCCAUCUCUCAGCCGUCAUCUCCUACCCAAACCAUGUGUUGGAUGUCUGAGCUUCCUGGCCAGCAUCUGACUGUCCGUCUGUCCGUCUCUCGGCUGUCAUCUCCUACCUGAACCAUGUUCUGGACGUCUGAGCCGCCCGGCCAAGCGUCCGUCUGUCCGUUUCGCAGUCGUCAUCUCCUACCUGAACCAUGUGUUGGAUGUCUGAGCUUCCUGGCCAGCGUCUGACUCUCUGUCUGUCCGUCUCUUGGCCGUCAUCUCCUACCUGAACCAUGUUCUGGACGUCUAAGUUGCCCGGCCAGCAUCUGUCUGUCCAUCUCUCAGAUGUCAUCUCCUACCUGAACCACGUGCUGGACGUCUGAACUGCCUAGCUGAUGUCCAUCUGUCCAUUCAUUGGCCAUCAUCUCCUACUUGAACCAUGUGCUGGACAUCUGAGCCACCCAGCUGCUGUCCAUCUGUCCGUCUGUCCAUUCCUCGGCCAUCAUUUCCUACCUGAACUGUGUGCUGGACAUCUGAGCCACCUGGCUGGCGUCUGUCCAUCCAUCUGUCCGUCUCUCAGCCGUCAUCUCCUACCUGAACCAUGUUCUGGACGUCUGAGCUGCCCGGCCAGCAUCUGUCUGUCCAUCUCUCAGAUGUCAUCUCCUACCUGAACCUUGUGCUGGACGUCUGAAUGCCUAGCUGAUGUCCAUCUGUCCAUUCCUCGGCCAUCAUCUCCUACUUGAACCAUGUGCUGGACAUCUGAGCCACCUGGCUGGCAUCUGUCCAUCCGUCUGUCUGUCUCUUGGCUGUCAUCUCCUACCUGAACCACGUGCUGGAUGUCCAAGCCACCCAGCCAGCAUCUGUCUGUCCAUCUCUCAGAUGUCAUCUCCUACCUGAACCUCGUGCUGGACAUCUGAACUGCCUAGCUGAUGUCCAUCUGUCCAUCUGUCCAUCUCUAAGCCAUCAUCUCCUACCUGAACCACGUUCUGGAUGUCUGAGCAGCCUGGCUGGCAUCUGUCCGUCCGUCUGUCUGUCUCUCGGCUGUCAUCUCCUACCUGAACCACGUGCUGGACGUCUGAGCUGUCUAGCCGGUGUCUGACUGUCCGUCUGUCCCUCUGUCGGCCGUGAUCUCCUAUCUGAACCACAUGCUGGAUGUCUGAGCCACCCGGCCGGCGUCCGUCUGUCCAUCUCUCUGCCACCAUCUCCCACCUGAACGUGUGCUUGGGCAUCUGAGCCAAGAGCUUGGGUCCGUCUGUCCGUCUGUGACCUGAACCACGUGUUGGGCAUCCAAAACACCGUGCCUGUGUCUGUCCGUCCGUCUGUCCCAAUGGACUGAGUCCCCAGCUGCCUGCUCUGCCCCUCCAUCUGAACCACGUCCUAUAUCUCCCCACCACCAACCCCACGUCCGUCUGUCUUUCCAUCCCACCCGACUCAGGCUCGGUCCGUCGGCUGUCUGUCUGUCUGUCCUGCUGGAUCUGCUGCCUCUGCUGCCUGUGGACGCUCCCGACGUCCGUCUGUCCUUCUGCUGCACGUCCCACUCAUCCUGAUCCUCAUCCGAUGGGACCCUGCGCCCGCAUCCGUCAGUCCGUCCGCCCCCUCCACCUCCCUGACCCUCAACGGGAGCUGCUGAGCCCAAGUUCUGUCUGUGCGUCA